CUCUCAGAAUUCUCAUAUUCCCAGCCGCUCCACAGAAAACCCUAGAGAGUGAGAGAGAGAGAGAGAGAGAGCAGCUCAAAAUGCCGGCUGGACAUGGUCUCCGAUCACGAACCAGAGACUUGUUCUCUAGGGCCUUCAGGAAGAAGGGUUACAUCCCACUCUCGACUUACCUCAAGACCUACCGGAUCGGCGACUUCGUCGACGUCAAGGUCAAUGGCGCCAUCCACAAGGGUAUGCCCCACAAGUUCUACCACGGCCGCACAGGUCGCGUCUGGAACGUCACCAAGAGAGCCAUCGGAGUUGAGAUCAACAAGCAGGUGGGUAACCGAAUUAUCAGGAAGAGGAUCCAUGUGCGUGUGGAGCAUGUGCAGCCAUCCAGGUGCACUGAAGAGUUCCGUUUGAGGAAGGUGAAGAACGAUGAGCUGAAGGCAGAGGCCAAGUCUAAGGGUGAGGUCAUCAGCACCAAGAGACAGCCAAAGGGUCCCAAGCCCGGUUUCAUGGUUGAAGGUGCAGUUAUGGAAACUGUUACUCCCAUUCCUUAUGAUGUCGUCAAUGAUCUUAAGGGAGGUUACUAGGUCUACAUUUACUUGGCUUUGUUCACCAUCCGGACUAAGUGGAUGUCUCUUUAGUUUGUCCUCUUAUAAAUUUUUGAGAUAUUUUUAUUUGCUGCAGAAGUACUGGUUUAGUUUUGAUUAAUGUGUUUUGAUACAUGUGAUGUUUUGAAGUACAAUCUUGUGCGAAUCUGGAAA